AUGCUGAUCGCGCCCGACACCAACGUCGCGCCCGCCUUUUCGCAGCACCAGUCCGUCUCGACGCGCCGCAGCUCCUUCUCUCGUCGCAGCACGUCGUCGCUUAUUGCAUGCCCACAGCCGCUGCAUCACACCGACCCCUUCGCCAGCAGUUCCGUCGCCAACUCCGCAAUACCGUCGCACGCGAACCACUCAUUCGCCACCCACUCGCACGCGGCGGCCGCGGCGUCGUCGUUCCCAGAUUUCGCCGGAUAUGGUAACACGGCGACAGCGGGAUUCGGCAGCCAUUCGCGAAGGUCGUCCUUUUCGUCCACGGGGCAGCUCUCCCUCGCCGCACCAGCCGCAGCCAUCACCGAAGCCCUUGAGCAACCGCCGCCAUCACCGGAAUACACGCCGCCAACUGCGGCGCCGACGUCGCUUCCCGACUCGACCGUCCAGGCGAUCACCGACGAACUCAAAUCCGUAUCCGUCGCCGGCGCGGAAUCCACCCCCAAGCCCUCGGUAGUUAACGCGGAGGACGCGCGCAAGCGCGCAAUGGACGCCGUGAUCGGCGCGGGGUACUGGGAGACGGAGUUUCUCGACCGUCUGAUGUUCCUCGAGGCAGAUCCGACGUUCACGCAGCUCCCAGCCGACCAGGUUCACCAGAUGAACCUGUCCCAGGAACUGCCUGCCCCUCUGGAGCUCCUCGCGCUCGGGCUCGGCGCGGAGGUGGUAUCUGAGGAGGCGAUUCGGAAGGACCUCCACGCUGCGCGCAUGCGCGUGGUCGAUGCGCUGAUGGAGGCGCAGCAUCUGGAGCGCGUCGCGCAGAUGUACAGUUACAGCGCGGACGCCGCCGCGGCGUCUGACAUCGGCGGUGCCGCCGCCACCGCCGCCAAGUUUCGCACGCCCGCGCCGCGCGUGGCGACUGCAGGCACUAAGUCCGAUGGCUCAGCUCGUAGAAAGGUGCCCGAGGGAGGCAAGGCCGCGGCAGCGGCGAGGCCCAAGGCCAAGAAGGCUUCCCAGGAAGCAGACACUCUGUCGCAUACCACCCCCUCCCCCGUCAUCUUCCCCAACCCUCCCGCUGUCAGAUCCCCGCGCGCAAGCUCCUCGACCUCUGGUGCCCUUUGA